GAGGGGGGCCGAGGGGGAUGAAGUUUUGAACGAAAGAUGUAAUUUUGUGUUGGUGAUAAUGCAAACUGUACAAAUUAAAAAUAAAAUACUUUAAAGUAGAAUAAUAAUAAUAAAUAAAUAGAAUAGAAUAGCAUUUGUUUCAUUUGCUGCUGCAUUGCACUGCUGACUCAUGUUUAGGGAAGUUUUUAAUGUUUGAUAUUUUACCGUGUUUUUAAUAUCCUGUUGGAAGUUGCCCAGAGUGGCUGUGGAGGCCUGGCCAGAUGGGCGGGGUAUAAGUAAAUAAUAAUAAUAAUAAUAAUAAUAAUAAUAAUAAUAAUAAUAAUAAUUUUAAUAUCAGAUCCUUUUCACAUGUACUGCUAGUAAGUCAGGUGUCCCCCAUCUUAUAUAAUAAUAAUAAUUUUAAUAAUAAUUUAUUAUUUAUACCUCGCCCAUCUGGCUGGGUUUCCCCAGCCACUCUGGGCGGCUUCCAACAGAAAUAUUAAAAUACACUAAUUUCUUAAAGAUUAAAAGCUUCCCUAAACAGGGCUUUAUAUCUGUGCAGCUGUUUAUUCCUGCCUAAGGAAAGGCCAAAGGUUGAGAAUCUUUGCAUGCAAAAACAUUUUAGGCAGGCUUACUCAAACUCGGCCCUCCAGAUGUUUUGAGACUACAAUUCCCAUCGUCCCUGACCACUGGUCUUGCUAGCUACAGAUCAUGGGAGCUGUAUGCCAAAAACAUCUGGAGGGCUGAGUUUGAGGAAGCCUGAUCUUAGGUACAAUCUCCAGCAUUCUGCCUGGAACCUGAUUCUGUAUGAGGCAGUUUCCCAAGUUCCUAUAUCAGGAUAUUCAUUUCAACAAGAGGUUGAGGCUCCAAUUCUAUACCCAUUUGGGGGCAAGCCGAGUACAGUCGUACCUUGGAAGUCAAACGGAAUCUGUUCCGGAAGGCCCUUCGACUUCCAAAAUGUUCGAAAACCAGAGCAUGGCUUCCUGCAGCCAAUCAGAAGCCGUAGAAGCGCCAUCGGACGUUUGGCUUCCAAAAGAACAUUCGAAAACCGAAACAGUCUCUUCCGGGUUUCGAUUGUUUGGGAGCCUAAACGUUUGAGAACUAGGCUGUUCGAAAACCAAGGUACAACUGUAGACAAGUAUAGGGCUAUUCUGUUAAAGAUUCAGGGCCUUAGCAAAAAAUCUAUCUUGCAUAGAAAUAUUUAUUGUAGCUUUUCUGGGUCAUUAUUAAAAGAAAUACGCUUUUGGGAAGAUGCAUGUUUUUCCUAGUGUAGCGCCGGUCUUUUUUUUUUUUUUUUUGGUACUGUUUGCUAGGCUCGCUCUUCUGGGGUUUUGAAUUGCUCAUAUAUUUUUUAAUAUUGUUAGCAUUUUUAUGAUAUUAUUCUGGGGGACGGGAUGGAACGGAAGGUGCAGGAUAAAAAUAUUCUCAUAAAUUAGUAAUGCCACUUUUGAGAUUAGAACGUUUUAGUAAUAGCAUAUUAUAUUGGAGUGGCGUUUUUAAAAAGCAGCAACGCAUCCUGCUUUUAUGCACAAAAGGCUCCCUGGUUGGCUUACAAAUAUCCUGCUCUGGAGGGUAGGACUUGAAGCGAUGGCUUCAAGUUACAAGAAAGGAAAUUCCGACUAAACAUCAGGAAGAACUUUCUGACAGUAAAAUCUGUUCAACAGUGGAGCAGCUUGGAAGGUUGUGGACUCUCCUUCCUUGGAGGUUUUCAAGCAGAGGUUGGAUUACCAUCUGUCAUGGAUGCUUAAUUUGAGAUUCCUGCGUUGCAGCCACAGGGGACCCAGGUGGCGCUGUGGGUUAAACCACUGAGCCUAGGGCUUGCUGAUCAGAAGGUCGGCGGUUCAAAUCCUUGCAACGGGGUGAGCUCCUGUUGCUCGGUCCCAGCUCCUGCCCACCUAGCAGUUCGAAAGCACAUCAAAGUGCAAGUAGAUAAAUAGGGACCGCUCCGGCGGGAAGGUAAACACCGUUUCCGUGCGCUGCUCUGGUUCGCCAGAAGCAGCUUUGUCAUGCUGGCCACAUGACCCGGAAGCUGUCUGCGGACAAACGCCGGCUCCCUCGGCCUAUAGAGCGAGAAUAGUGCCGCAACCCCAGAGUCAGACACGACUGGACCUGAUGGUCAGGGGGCGUUGCAGCCACAGGGGGUUGGACUAGAGGCCCCUGGGGGGGGGGUCCCUUCCGACUCUACAAUUCUACGAACAGAACUCACUUUCUGGCUUGGAAUAUAAAACAGUGGUUUCCACCUUGCAAUAAACAAAAUCUGCCCUCAUUCCCUUAUGGGGUACACAAGAGCCCUUGUAGAGUCCUUUGUAGGUUCUCCAUCGGUAGGAGAAAAUAACGAGAGGCCAACCAGAGAAUAUUGAGAAGCAAAGCAGCUAUAAGCCUGAUCUUUAUUGACUGUUGCAACAGGGUGCUCCCUCACAGGCAGGAGAAAGGAGGAGGACCCAGAACAAAUGUGUGCCUGCCCUUCUAUAGCCAUUUUGAAAUUCCCUGCCCUGGAGCUCAAGACCACCCCUCCCUACAUCAUACAUACAUCACAGAAGGGGUGUAGCCCAAGACCACCCCCCAGGGUCAUCAUACCUACAUCAUAGAAAAGGGCCGCCUUCAACAGAAAUCUGAGCCCGUUGUUUACCGGUAGUGUCUGCCAGCUAUCUGAUUGCAUUAUUCUCUCUUUUGUUAUUAUAACUACUCAAUUCCGGAAUCCAUGUCCCAGGUUCACCCCAUUCACACCUUAAAUGUGCCCUUAAGGCAGGAUCUGUGAGCACAGAGACAAUGGGGAGGUUUUCCCAUUUCCUCCCUCCUUUCAGAGAAACCAUUUGGUCAGUCUGGGAGAGUCAAAAUGGUUUCAGGACUGUCCCCUUUGCUGCUUCACACAUGUGGCCCAUACACUUGUGUACGCGUCUGCUUGGUACAUUGAUGAACAGAGAGAGAGAGAGUAUGUGUAUAUGACCCUAAUUUGUUUAUUUCACCCUCUAUUGCUGAUGGUCUUGGAAAACCAAGCAAUCUUAAAACCAUUUACCUGGGAAUAAGCCUGGCUUCCUUUUCUGUAACCUCCUCCAGCCUGGAGGGCCACAUCCCAUUGUGCACAACCUUUAGGGGGCCACAUAGACAUGGUGGGUGAUGCCAAAAAUGCUCUACUCUCCAUUCAAAUGAGUAAAGAGGGAUUGUCGAAGUUCAAAGAUGUAUGUAUUCCUUCCAGGAAUAGUCAGUAGAGGAAGAAGCCAGUGGGAGAUGCAGGUUGUACAAAGUCUCAAGGGCCAGAUAGGGAGGCCUGGAGGGCCGCAUUAGACACCCACCCACACCCUGGCUUUGAGGUUCCCCAUGCCUUGUGCACUGUAAUCCUUUCACGACCGUUUCGCCCGGUGCCCUCUCUUCUCUGCAGUUACAGAAGACGGUUACCUGGUCACUGUGUGACUUUUUUUAAAGUCUCUGUUAUAAUCUGUUUAACUGCCGGGAGUCCUUGGUUGUCUUCUGCAUUCUUCUCAGGCUUCUGUUUCUGUGGUUGGGGAUUGUGCAUCAACUUUAAUUGGAGGGUGAGUCACCGAGGUUGGCAACACGGCCAGAUGCCAGCAAGAAAGCAAUUAUAAGGGAGCAGAGAGGAAGCUCUCUCCGUCUCUUUGUCCCAGAGGACUGGCUGCUGAGGCCACAAUGGCAAAUGGGUGGCAGAAUAGAAUCAUGCCUACUCUGUUGAAUUGGAAGGGACCCGCGGGGUCAUCUAUUCCAACCCCUGGCUAUGAGGGAAUCUCGGCUAAAGCAUCCAUGGUAGGUUAAAAACCUCCAGCCAGUGUUAGAAACUCAGGUUUAAAAGCUAACCGCCAAGGGACAACUUAGGUUACGGUCGCCACAACAGAAUGUCUAGGCCCCUUUCUCUCCCCCCCCCUCCAAUGAAAUUUAUUAUUGAUAUUUACAGUGGUACCUCAGGUUAAGUACUUAAUUGGUUCUGGAAGUCCGUACUUAAUCUGAAGCGUAUUUAACCUGAAACGAACUUUCCCAUUGAAAGUAAUGGAAAGUGGAUUAAUCCGUUCCAGACGGGUCUGUGGAGUACUUAAAUUGAAAGUACUCAACCUGAAGCGUACUUAACCCGAGGUAUGACUGUAUUUGCUCGGAAGUAAGCCCCCGCCACCUCCAGAGGGGCUUUCUUGCCCUCGAGAAAGUGCGCCGCGGAUUGCAGCCCAUGCAGCAGCACAGAAGCAAAGUUUGCUGCACCGCAGGAGCACAAAACGUGCCUGACAUUGGGGUGUGUGUGUGCCUUUUGAGUGCAGUGCCUGAGCACCCCCUAGCCAGAUGGAGAUGUCAGUCGCUCAACAUGGCAUCCAGAGAUCUACCUGAAGGAGCUUCUCCACCCCCAUCGUUCUGCCCGGACACUGAGGUCCAGCUCUGAGGGCCUUCUGGCGGUUCCCUCCUUGCGAGAAGCCAAGUUGCAGGGAAGCAGGCAGAGGGCCUUCUCGGUGGUGGCGCCCACCCUGUGGAACGCCCUCCCAACAGAUGUCAAGGAAAUAAACAACUGUCUUGACUUUUAGAAGAUAUCCGAAGGCAGCCCUGUUUAGGGAAGGUUUUAAUGUUUGAUGUAUUUAUUGCGUUUUUAAUAUUCUGUUGGGAGCCGUCCAGAGUGAUUGGGCAAACCCAGCCAGAUGGGCAGGGUGUAAAUAAUAAAUUGUUGUUGUUUGAGUUGUUGUUGCCACGUGGUUGCAACAUGACCCUGGGGGAUUUUGAACACUGCCUCUGGGGGAUUUUGAACGGGUCAGAGGCUCCCGUUAUUUUUUUGGGGGGGGGAAUUCAGUUAUCUUCAUGCAGGUUCGUGGGUGAUGUUUAAUAUUAGAAAAGGCCUUCAACAAUUGAAGAAAGUCUCCAUCAUUAUAGAGGCAUCCUUUGUAGCUUUAUUAAGCGCUGCAGGAAUUUUUCUUACAAUGUGUGUUUUUUCUUUGGUUUUUGGAAGUUCUCUACAAUGUAAAUAAAUUAACCAGCUAGAACAGAGGAGGGGUAGGCAGGGCUGUUUGUCUGUUCUACACCCUGCCCUUUAGCACUUUUCCUUACAAGUUUGAGUGCUAAAAACAGUCAAAACAGUUUUUCCUCCUGCAGAGGUGUGGGUGACAGCCUUUCCCCCCUGAGCCUCCAAUGGCUGAGCUGGUUGGGGCCUCCACCAGGGACCAGCUGCUUUUUUUUAAAGUUUAUAACUUUAUUCUUUCAAGCCGCCUGCCUCAGGCCUCAGACAAGUUUUGCACAGGACUCUCACUUCAUGCAUUUAUACAAUCCUUUUUUAAGGAUUGCCUUUUGGCCCCUCUCCUACAGAGUCGGCUCACAGGCACACCUUUAAAACACAGCGCUCUUUUCAAAAUAAUACAUGGGAACGCAGAGAGCUAAAAACCGAGUUGACUGGUGGGUGCUAGUUCUUUAUUUGCAGGGCCUGUUUCCAAGUGGGGACCAUUCAGAGAUCGGCAGUCUUCAUCAGCGGCCUAAGGUCAACAGCCCACUGUGACUGAUCCUAGUUUAUUAAUUCAUAUCACACACUCUUUUCAAGUUUAUGCAUUUCAUUAAUUUUACAAUCAUUUUGACACUUCGAAACUUGACUUCUGCGGUUCCUUAAAUUAAUUUUUAAUAUCUCCUGCAUAUCCAAAUUGACCUACUUGGCUCAUUUAUUCAUCUUCUUUAAAUAUAUCCCCUUUAAAACUGCAGCUUAUUACAAUAAUCCUGCCAAUGUUCUUAUCUGUUUACAAUUUAUCUGUAAAUAUUCAAUAAACCAUUUCCAUUCGUUUAUAAAAAGUUUGUUAUCUUGCCUUCUUAUUCUUCUUAAUGGAAGGUUUUGCCAUUUCUGCAUAUUCCAUCAGUUUUUGUAUCCAGUCUUCCUUUGCUGGGACUUCUUCCUCUUUCCAUUUUUGAGCAAGUAACAUUCUUGCCACUGUAGUUGCAUACUGUACAAGAAUAAGUUUAUAUACAAUAAAAGUAGUUCUAUCCCUAUAAUUCCCAAAAGAAAAGCUUCUGGGUUUGUUGUUGUUGUUUUUUACAAAGGUUAUUUUAAACAUCCUUUUCAUUUCAUUAUAUAUCAUCUCCCAGUAAGCUUUAAGCUUGCUACAAAACCACCACAUAUGAUAAAAAGAACCUUCUUUCUUUCUCCGAGGCGCUCAAUGUAGCGUACGCAGUUCGUCUCAUUGCGACAACCCUGUGAGGUAGGCUGAAAGAGGCAGUGAUCGGACGAAGGUCGCCUAGAGAGCUUUGUGGCCGAGCGGGGAUUUGAACUCCAGACUCUCCUGGAUCCUACUCUAGCCACUGUGCCAGGUGCCAGUGUCCUUCCUGUGCUCCUUCUCACUGCAGUGAACAAACACCGCAGGGACAAAACACCUGAGGGAGCUUCUGUCCCCACCUCCUUGUGUUGCUAUUGGCUGAAAGGAGGAGGCUGGACCAGGAAGAGUCCUCAUAAUCCCCAGGAACUGGGAAGGUGGCCAGAAGGACCAGCCAUUGGGGCGAGGCCUCUCUGAGCAAGCAGUUCAUGAUUCAGGAGUGUGUACAUCAACACAGAGCCUUCAGCCAGUUGGUGGGAUCAUGCGGCAGCACCAAGGCUAUAUUGGGCUACUUGCUCCAUUAUGUAUCCUGUUCAUUUUCCUCCUGUUCACACUCACUGCCUCUUACAAACCCAUCAUCGUUGUCCAUGGCCUGUUUGACAGCCCUUCCGACUUCCGGCAGCUGUUGGUGUUCAUCAAUGAGACCCACCCAGGUACCAACGUCACAGUCAUUGAUUUGUUCGACCAUACCGAGAGCCUGAAGCCUCUUUGGAUGCAAGUGGAAGGGUUCCGGCAAGCCAUUUACCCCAUCAUGCAGAAUGCUGUCGAUGGGGUCCACCUUAUCUGCUACUCCCAAGGAGGACUCAUCUGCCGCGCUCUCCUCUCCACGAUGCCCGACCACAACGUGGACACCUUCAUCUCUCUCUCUUCCCCACAGAUGGGGCAAUAUGGGGACACCAAGUACUUGAAGUGGCUCUUCCCGGAGCACAUGAAAUCCAACCUGUACCGUUUAUGCUACACGCAGCUGGGCCAGGAUUUCUCAAUCUGCAACUACUGGAAUGAUCCACACCAUCGGGAUCUUUACCUCAACAACAGCAACUUCCUGGCUCUGUUGAAUGACGAGAGGCUCCAUCCCAAUGCAACAGCCUGGAAGAGAAACUUCCUGCGGAUCCGAAAGAUGGUUCUGAUUGGGGGUCCGGAUGACGGUGUAAUCACGCCAUGGCAGUCUAGUCUGUUUGCCUUCUAUGAUGAUAACGAGAAUGUGAGAAAUAUGACAUCACAGCCGGUCUACCUACUGGAUACCUUUGGCUUGAAGACUCUAGACGCUCGAGGCGACAUUGUUUUUUAUAAAAUGCCAGGCGUCACCCACACAAACUGGCAUUCCAACCUCACAGUUUAUGACACUUGCAUUGCCAAAUGGUUGACGUAGCUGGCAGGGACUUGAAGAAGAAGCUGGCAGAGGAGGAGAGUGUCCUAAACCGAGAUGCGCUGUGGUACCUCACCUUGGCAUUUCUUCCCACCAAGAAGAAACCCCGCUUUUGUUACCAAUAGCUUUUUGUUUUGUUUUUAUUUUUAGGAUGGUUGAUAUUUUCUUUCAGAGUGGAAGAAACUUUUGUCCUGCAGGACCUUUUGGUGAAGGCUAGCAGCAGUUUGGGGGUAUUCCAGGGGGCUGCAAGGGAGGAGGCAGGAAAUCACCGUGCCAUUUUUUUAUUUUUGGCAGCUCUGAGCUAUGAAAGCUGCAGGAAAAACCACAAAAGGACAAUUCAACAGAAUCAAAUACUUGAGAAGAAUUGGGGGUGGGGGGUGGGAUUUAGGUGCCGAAUGUAGCAAAGAGACUGAAAACAGAAACUGCAUUUACAUUUCAUAAAUAGUGUUCCUAUUUCGUAUUUCCCGGUUCCAAACCUCUUGCAGAAAUCUAUGCCUUGUGAAUGCUGGCCAUAUUUCUCUUUGAAAUUCUAACACUGAAAAGGUUGAAUUUAGAAAAUGCCUUUUGAGUUGGACUUUUUAAAAAAUACAUCACAUUCUUUCUGGCAAAAAUCUUAAUACUGUUUCUAAUGGAGACUAAACUUCCAGAAAGGUGACAGAAACUAAUUGUGAGAAAGUUUUGAUACGCUAACAUCAUUUUGCAGAGAUAAGUUGUGAUUUCUGCUCAAAUUUCAGCUUUGAGAUUUCCACAGAGAAGAUGGGUCAGUUUGUAGUGUUUUACCAAAACUCCAGUUCCCUGGCAUUUUCAAAUUUUAACCAUGUAGGUGUUCAGGGUUGCAUUUUUUUUCCAGUAAUUUGCUUCAGUCUCUUUGUUUGCACCACAAUAUUGGAAGGAGCUUCGGAGCUUAGUCCUCCAAUCAUAGAUCAAAACAAAUAUUUUAAAUCAUUGACUAAAUGGAAAGGCAAUAUGUAUUUAUUAUAAAUGUGUAUAUUCCCCCUCCUCCUUUAGAAGCACAUUCUCAGAAACUCAGGUUAGCAACAAAAAUCAAUGUAGACAGAAACUUCGUCGUUUGCUCUGUUGUCUAUAUUUUUUUAAAAAAAUGAUAUGUGCUUAAAAAACCACCCAGUGACAGCUGUUAAGAGGCAGGUGAUUUGGGGGGAGCAUCUGCUAAGGUACCCUGAUCUCUUGGAGGGGAAACUUCAGAACUUCACCACUUACAGAAAGAGAAAGGGACCUGGGGCCCUUUCCGAUGUUUCGGGACUACAACUUCCAUCAUCCCUGACUGCCAGCCAUGCUGCUUGGGCUGAUGGGAGUUGGAGUCCCACAAGAUGUGAAGGGACACAGAUUCCCCACCCGUCUGCUACAGUAUUAACUCUUACUAUCACCAAGGUACAAUAGGACAUAGGCAAUAGGACUCAGGUUUAAUGCUAACUGUGGAUCCAGGCUGUGUUUAUGUGAAUCACAUUCAUUUCCUCAAAUAAUUACAGGCGCUGUCGUUUACCCCUCACAGAGUUACGAUUCCCAGCAGCCCUUAACAAACUGCAGAAAAGAAUGUGCCUGAAAGUGUAUACACAGCUGGAGUUUGAAAAAAAGGAAAUGAAAAAGGAAAUGAAGACAAGACAGGGUUCACUUUCAGCUGCGCUUGGUGAGGCUUGAGGGGGAGAAUUACUCUGGGAAAUGUUUUACAUGCUAUGCGGAAUGAGAGACUGGAACGCUGGACUGCUCCACUUCUAGUAGCGUGGAGAGAAGUUGUGUUUUUGGAUGUUGCUCCACAUAAAAGAAACACACAAAUCCUUUAUGUAGUAGAAAGAAGAUUCCACCUAAACAUUAGGAAGAACUUCCUAACAGUAAGAGCUGUUCGGCAGUGGAAUUUGCUGCCAAGGAGUGUGGUUGAGUCUCCUUCUUUGAAUAUAAGUGAAUGGAUGGAUUUCCUUCACCCAGGGGGCAGAGAGUAAAGCAUUGCAUUUUGGGACAUGAUUGCAUUUUGGGGCACGAUUGCUGAGGUAAAGCCUUGGCACUAGGUUGCAAACAUUUGGCACUGCCUUCCCACGCAGCUGCCCAGUUUUAGCAAAGGUCUGAAGAUCCUUCUAGUGGGAAGUGCCAAGGACUGGAGGUUCUAAUAAUAGAAUAAGGACCUUUUAAAAAAAAUGUGUUUUUUUUUUUUUGCAAAGCAUGUUUUGUACUUUUCCACAUUGUCUCCAUGGGAAGCAAGUCAUUUGGGUUUGUUUCAGAUUGUACUUUGUUUUAGGACUCCACCUUGAGGAAUGUUCAUAAUAAUAAUUAUUAUUAUUUUGAGGCUCAAAUAGUUAGAAACAUGGAUAGACAUUUGUGUGUGAAAUUAACAGAAUUUGGGAGUGGGGGCUGUUUUGAGAAGUUCAUAAUUUACUAGCCACCAGUGUGGAUUUUAGCCAGGAUUGUUACAAUACUUUAUAGUUCCGCAGAAGCUUAAGAUUUUAUUUAUAUUUUUUGCAUUCUCACACGCAAUGUCUUGAAGUUUUUUGGGGUGUUUUUUUUUGCCAUGUAGAUAAUAUAGGAUAAGGGAUAAGGGAAUGUUUUUAGCAUGAAUAUUUAUUUUUAUCAUAUGGAAAGUUGAAGCAGUACACAUUUUGGAUCUGGCUUGAAUUAGUGGAGGUAAGUGUCCCCCAAAUUUCUGGUGGCCAAGGCAUGCUUUUAGUUGUUGUUGUUAAAAUUGAAAGUGCAGGUGAUGUUGUUACACCUGAAAACCUUUCCUUUGGAAUGUAUAUGAGUCAGAACAGAGAAUCUCGCCCCUUGAAUUUCUGCAUGAGCUGUCGUCAUCUUGCCUUACCUCCUGAUAUAAAAGUAAGACUUCUAGAACAGCGGCCAUUGCUGCAACCUACAUUUAAAGCACACAGCUUCCCGCAAAGAAUUCUGGGAACUGUGGUUUGUUAAGGGUGCUGGGAAAUGUAGCUUGGUGGGUGUAAACUACGGUUCCCAAUAUUCUUUGCAGGGAAGUAACGUUUUUUCAAAUUUAGGAUGUGGUGCUCCUGCCUCGUGUCCUUUUAGAAGGGUUGCUUUGUUCAAUGAUUGUCCAAUCAUGCCCAAUGCAGAGACAGGGCGGAAUUAUUUAUCGUAUCUGCUUGCCUCUCAGAUCUGGAUCUGGAGGAAAGGGGUGCUAGACCAGUGGAUCAUUCAAGGAAUUUGGCGGGGGUUCACACAGGCUUGCUCUUAGGGUGGCAAGUUGUGGACUACCCUGAGUUGUCUGUGGCAAUGAGUUCCCUACACAACUACCCAUCCCACUUCCAGAAGGAUUGUGAGGGUGGGGUGAUCUGAUUGCGUGGCGAGGGGAUCUGGCGGCUGCUUCAGCAUGAAUCUGGUACUUGCUUGUGUCCUCAGCAUGGCAUGAGUUACAUCUGAGCAGCUGCCGAAACCCUUUUCAAAUUGGGGUUGCUGCAAUUUGGGGGCUGCUUUGAAUACACACACCAGAGGGUAUGUACUUUUCUAACCCCAAUCCAGACACUACAGUCCUAUUUUUCUCAAUCUUUUCUGCAUUAGAAUCAUAGAGUUGGAAGGGGCCACGAGGGCCAUCUAGUCCAACCCCCUGCGAUGCAGGAUUCUUUAGUCCAAUGUGGGACGCGAACCCACGACCCUGAGAUUAAGAGUCUCGUGCUCUACCGAAUGAGCUAUCUCAGCCUAAUAACAUGGUGGGCAUGACUCAACAAAUAAGCGCCAUCAGCAAAAGCCUUGUGCAUGGGCUUCAGCUUUUGUGAUAGGGCUCCCCCUCUAUUCACCCUCAAAAUUGGCUUGGGGUGGCGGCGGAGCAUAGCUGCCAAGUACCCCGUUUCCCCCGGGAAACCCCCGUAUUUUCUUACCGUUUCCCGCAGGUGUCCCGAAUGGCAAAAUACCCCGUAUUCCCCCAGAUUACGGCGCUCCUGCCAGCGGCCAUGUUCUUCUGGUGCCGCGCCGGCACCGGAAGUCGCUUCUACACACUUCCGAACAUGCGUAGAAGUGACUUCCAAUGCCGCUGUGCCCAUUUCCAAAAUGUCCGCAGUGCCAGAAGUCACUUCUACGCAUGUCCGGAAGUGUGUAGAAGCAACUUCUGGUGUCGUGACGCUGCUGAUCCUGGAUUUUUCAAUCCGGAACUUGGCACCCAUGUGGCGGAGAGAUGUCGAUAAAACAGCACACAAGGGGAGGAGAAGCAGCGAUUGCUCCAUCUGGCCAAAAUGCUUGCUGUGACAGAUCGAACUUAGUGCAACAUUGAGCUGGCAUCUGUUUUGUCUCGGGACAUUGAAUUCCUCCCCUUAAGUUCCUUGAGAGGAUGGGCAGAGGAGACCAUUUGCUAUGUGUUAAUGCAGAACAGGGGAUCCUGGCAUUGCAAGUGAGAAGAGUGCAUGAAAAUGAUACAAAAGUGAGUUUUCCCUGCAAUGUAAAGCUAGUGUUUCUCAUUUUCCCAUGUUCUAAAAGCACAUAUUUGUGAAUGGCACAUGAUCUAUGAGACUUAGAGGAACUAUUACAGCCCAUGUGGUUUCUUUCUUUCUUUCUUUCUAAAUCUUAUUUGCAUCCCUGGAAAGAUUUAAUAUAAUCUGCAUUUCUCACGCUACUUUAUGUGACGUUCCCACCCACCCUCUUCUGUUUAGGUCCAUUGUAGCUUGUGUCUGCAAACUUACGUACAUUUUAGAGUGAAGACAAAAGGCAACUUUUAUUUCCUUUUUUAGAGCGGUGGGGUUGCUCCCUAAGUACACUUUGCUACAUUUACCGGUAGUUGAGACAUUGUCUUUCCCCUGCAGGGCCAGACUCAGGAGGUGUGGGGGAUACAACUGUUGCAGGUUUGAACUGGAAACUCGCAUGUGGGAAGCGACUUGCUGGUUUCCCAUCCUGUCACCAAGGUCACAACAUACAUCUCUCACCAUUUUAACAACUUUACGCUUUCCCAAAGAAUUCCGGGGACUGUAGUUUGUCAAGGGUGCUGGGAACUGUAGCUCUGUGAGGGGUAAACUGUAGUUCCCAGGAUUCUUUGGGGGGGGGAGCCAUGACGGUUAAAGGUGAUUUUAAAAAAAAGUUCUUUAGGUGUACAGUGUGACAGGGAUGUAAGAAAUCGUUUUUUCAUCAACUACUCUCUGCAGAAAGAAAACAUUAGGCGAUAAAGGAACCCAAAAAAUCUGUGAACAUUCAUUCACGUAGCAUUUCUGAAGAAUGAAAAAGCAGUUCAAAGUGAGAGCUGCUAUUCAAUUGGUUGGCAUGCCCAACCCUCAUUUUAGCUGUGCUAUGGGCCUUAUCGCACAACUGCCCUCUGUUUUUUUAUGUCCUGCCUUUACCUUUUUACAUGUUCCAUUGAACUUUUAUGAGUGUAAAUUCCUCGGCCUGGAGUUCCCUUACUGCCCGCUAGGACUGUUUACAUAUUUAUGGUUUAAAAGAACCUUAUUUAUUGCCGGUAAGUUCUAAGCAUGUCUUAUCUGAUUGGGGGAGCGGGCAGAGUUUGUCUCCUCCAAAAAAAACCCAACCCUGUGAGAAAUUCUUCCUCUGCCUUAGGGUCAGGCACAGUUUUGUCAAUGGGCCUUCUUAUGUGGCCAAAGGG